UUCGUCCAAAAAGAAGGUCAAUAUUCAACAAGUCAAUCCCAUUGAAAAUAUAUACUUUCUUCGUAUACAUACUCACAUGGUUCGUUGUUUUCUUUCAUUGUCUAUAUAUUAUUACCAAACCAAGACAACCUUUUAUAAACUGGUUCUUGAAAUUGACUUACCAAACAUAGAACCACUCCAAUAAUAUUGUAUCACCCAUUCACCCUUUCUCCUACCCUCCUCUGACUCCUCAUCAUGGGAUUUGACGAUGAUGAUCACCCGUUUUGGGAUCACCAGAGAACAAAGAAAUAUGAUCUUAACAGCAAGAUCAUGUUAACAGCCAUAAUUUCAUUAUCUAUAGUUAUUUUCUUCGUUAGCCUCCUUCAUAUAUACGCAAGGUGUGUGCUUAGACGCCAAGCUCGACAACGGGCGGCGCUUCGACAAUUAAGCGCCGCCCAUGUUGAGCCACCCAAACAAGGACUCGAACCGUCCGUUAUAGCUUCACUUCCUGUAUUUACUUUCAAGCAAAAUACUAAUCCUGCAUAUGGUGGUAAAGAAAAUAAUUCUGUUGAGUGCACGAUUUGUUUGAGCGUUUUUGAAGAUGGUGAAACGGCUAGGACUUUGCCUAAUUGCAACCACAUUUUUCAUGUAGAGUGUAUUGAUAAAUGGUUGGUUUCUCAAUCAAAGUGUCCAAUUUGCCGGACUGAGGCGGAGCCCCGGUUAUUGCCGGAGCCCCGAGAGGGCUUUGUAGGCCGCACUCCGCCGCUCGAGGGUGGUGAUUCCUUUGUAGCUAUAAAUAUUGAAGGGAGUUCAGAUUGCGGAUUAACACAGCCUUCAUCAUCAUCAUUAGCAAAAAAUAGUGGACCAAGUUCGAGAUUAAGCUCGUUUAGGAGGAUGCUUAGCAGGGAAAUAUCAUCAACACGAUUUCAAGCGGUUCAAUCUUGUGGUGAAGAAGAUGGUAUAAAUAUUGAUCUUGAGAGACAAUGAUUAAUAUAGUGCAAUUAGGUAUGUUUUUUUUUUGUUCAAAUUUGAAUCUCCAUGGCUUCACUUCUUAGCCAUGGUACCAGCUCUGUCCCAUAGCUUUCUUGUAUACACACACAAAGUACAUGACAAAAAUAGAUGAUUUAUUACUCCGGCUACAGUGUUCUACAAUUCUUUUUCCAUCAGUACAUUUUAAUCUGAAAGAAGAUUUUGGUUACA